AGAGAUAAGUUCUGAAAGGUUGUGUUGGCCUGUGUUUUUGCACGAUAUUCUGCAAGGAAAAAAUGUCCAAUAGUUCAGAUGAAGAAUUGAAUUGUGGAGAUGUACCUGAGGAUGUAAAUUGGGUGCUAUACAAAGAUCGAGAAGAAUGGAAUGACGUGACUCCAAUAUCGCAGGAUGAUGGUCCACAUCCUAUUGUUGCAAUUGCUUAUUCUGAAAGAUUUUGCGACGCCUAUAACUAUUUCCGAGCUAUUUUAAAAUCUGGUGAAAAAUCAGAACGAGCAUUGGCUUUAACAGCGAGUUGUGUUUGGCUUAAUCCAGCUAACUAUACAGUGUGGCAAUAUAGAAGAGAGAUACUUAAGGCUCUUGGAAAGGAAUUACGAGAUGAGUUAAAAUAUAUUAGUGAAAUGAUAAAAUACUAUUCGAAAACUUAUCAAAUCUGGCAUCAUAGAAAAGUUAUUGUUGAAUGGCUACAAGAUACCACUGGUGAAUUAGCAUUUACAGAAAGUAUAUUAAAAAAAGAUGCAAAGAAUUAUCACUCAUGGCAAUAUCGUCAGUGGUGUAUAAAGACAUUUAAUUUAUUUGAUAAAGAAUUGGAGUAUGUAGAACGACUUUUAAGUGAGGAUAUACGGAAUAAUUCUGCUUGGAAUCAACGUUAUUUUGUAAUAAAUAAUACAACAAAAUUCGAACAGAGUAUAGUUGAUAGAGAAAUUGAUUAUGCCUUGGAUAAAAUACAAUUAGUGAAAGGAAAUGAAAGUGCUUGGAAUUACCUUAGGGGCAUUUUGAUGAAGGAUAGCAGUGGUCUAGGUUAUAAUGAAAAAGUAAGACGGAAAUGUGAAGAACUAUAUUCAGAUGGAUGUCGUACGAAUCAUUUACUGGCGUGUAUUAUAGACAUUUCUCAAGAAAGACCGAUAUCAGAAGAAUCACCAGAUUCGUUAUUCCAUAUUAAUAAUGCUCUUAAGCUAUGUAAAGAAUUGUCUGAAAAACAUGAUAGAAUAAGAAGGCGAUAUUGGGAUUACGUUGGUCAGCAAAUAAUGGAAAAGUUGAAGCAAGAAUCUUAA